CAAAUUUUAAUAGGUGUAUUAUUCAUAUCGUUGGUGGAUGCAGAUCUUUUGAUCGAUCUUCCGGACGGCACAAUUCGUGGAGCCGAAACCAAAACCGAAAAUUACACAUACUAUGCUUAUCGAGGUAUUCCGUUUGCAAUUCCUCCCCUAGGAAAUUUGAGAUUCCAGGCUUCAGUCCCAAACACACCAUGGGAUGGAAUUCUACACGCAACUAAGUCGAAAGAUUGUUGCAUAUCGAUGACCUAUUCUGAAAAGGAACCUGACCAAAAGAAACUACCAGUAAUGUUCUGGAUAUAUGGGGGCGCAUUUACAACCGGAUGUUCCAGUGAUAGUUACAUGGAUCCUUACGCUCUCGUAAGUGAAGACGUCAUUGUGGUAACAUUCAAUUACCGUCUUGGUCCGUACGGUUUCUUAAGUACCAAUGAUAGCGUAAUUUUGAGUAACGCCGGACUCAAGGACCAACUAUUAGCGAUGAAGUGGACUCAGAAAAAUAUUGAAUUCUUUGGUGGUGAUCCAGAAAAAGUGACAAUAUUUGGCGAGAGCGCAGGUGGUAUGUCCGUGGGAGCACAUAUCGCUAACAAAAAAUCGGCAGGAUUGUAUAGAGCUGCGAUUUGCCAGAGCGGUUGUUCGUUAACCACUUUGGCUGCCACAUCUGAAUCUAAUCCGAAACAAGUUGCCUACGAUAUUGCCAGAUCUAUAAAUCCAUUUAUUUCCCAAAAUAGCGAGGAAAUCAGGGACUUCUUGCAGAGUCAACCAGCUGAUGUGUUGACUAGAGCCUUCAACGCUAACCCCCAAGCGGGACCAGUAAUAGAAGUUGAAGACGAGAAUGCAUAUGUAACAGAUCUCCAGUUCGGGUUGAUCGAAUCUGGAAACUUUAACCAAGUACCUCUAAUCAUAGGAACAACUUCAGCCGAAUCACUUAUGUUUUUGGGAAUUGUACUGCCCGAACUAAUAAUAGCUGCACUUGGUUUUAAACCUGCAGUCUCUAAUACCGUCAAAUCUAAAUCCUUUACCAGGUACUAAUUUAACCGAAGCUGCAGAGUUAAUCAAACAGACAUACGCUAUCUAAAUGAAUGAGCACUAAAACAAACCAAAACUAAACAAAUAUCUUGACACUAGUAGUGUUUAUUGUAGCCAAAAUAAUUUUAGUUUUCCAGUGACCAAUUAUUUGUGAGAUCGUCGCUCAAACAAGCUGAACUUCAGUCGAAUUAUACUCCUGUGUAUUUUUACCAAUUUUCUUAUUAUGGAAGUUUAACUUUAUUUCAUAUCGCGAUUGAAGGUGCUGGAAAAGUCGGUCAUGGAGAAGAUGUCCUUUAUCUCUUUGACUACCCACCAUUCAAACUGACCACAGAGGAGGAGUUUCUAACGAGAAGCAGACUGGCUAGAUUAUGGACCAACUUUGCAAAAACGCUGAAUCCCACCCCUGAUGAGUCGGACUCCCUCCUUAAUGUGACCUGGCCUCAAGUUGCUGGUUUAAACAUCCCCUAUCUCGAUAUAGAUACCACUCUUGAGGUCAAGCCUGGUAAAAAGGCGAAAGAAAUGGAAAUGUGGAACGAAGUUUUCUAUUCGUACGGC